UGUUAGCCCACACGUAGCAUCAAGCUCUGGUGCAACAAUUUCUUUGUCUUCUCUCUUACUAACGAGAAAAUAUGCAACACUUUACUCUUUCGUUUCUUCAUAUAAUAAUCUCGUUUAUCUCAUAACAGAUCCAUUGUCCCUAACCAUUGUCUUCAUCCGAUCAAUAUAUAUAACCUUACCCUCUCUAUCCAAUCUAAUUAUCUUCUUGUUCGUCUACUUAGCUUGCAAGAACUAAACACAGCAAAUUAUAUAAAGAAAUUAAUCAAGAGAUAUGUGCACGAGAGGCCAUUGGAGGCCAGCAGAAGAUGAGAAGCUCAAGGAGCUUGUCGCCCGAUACGGUCCUCAUAAUUGGAACGCCAUCGCUGAGAAGCUUCAAGGGAGAUCAGGAAAGAGUUGUCGGUUGAGAUGGUUCAACCAACUGGAUCCAAGAAUCAACAGAAGCCCCUUCACUGAAGAGGAAGAGGAAAGGCUUCUUGCUUCUCAUCGAAUCCAUGGUAACCGCUGGGCUAUUAUAGCUAGAUUGUUCCCAGGGCGCACCGACAACGCUGUUAAGAAUCACUGGCAUGUAAUCAUGGCAAGAAAGUGCAGAGAGAGAUCAAGAUUUCAUUCAAAGAAGUUUGAUCAUCACUAUAAAGAAGAGAAAUUGAAACAAGGAUUUUCCAGCUUGUUGCCCUUUACUGAGAAUUACCAUAGGCAACAUGACAACUCCAGAGAAUUAAUGAUUAAAGAUAAUGAUAAUAAGAUCGAGUUUUAUGAUUUUCUUCAAGUGAACACUGAGUCUAGUGAUUCGAAGUGCCGUUCAGGAGUAGAGGAAGAGCAAGAGGAGGAUGAGGAGGCCAAAAAAGAGGAUGGUAUUCCUUUUAUAGAUUUCUUGGGUAUUAGAGAAGGAAAUUAUGUGACCUAGUUUAUUGAUGUUAAUAUAGGGAAGAAGAGUAACUAUUAGGACUUACUAUACAGAUGUAAAUGCUUCAUAAGAAGGAUGUAACAUAGUUAUGUAGAGCAAACUCUUGGAAAAUAUUUGAAAGAGUUAGCUUCUCUGCAG